CACCAUGCAAUGAGGGGCAGGACAGGACAGGAGGAGGGUGAUGAAAAGAGGGGCUACUUCCCUCAUGCUCAAGAGAGCGUGAAAAGACACUCAGCUCUUGACUCCCGGUUCCCACUCGAAUACCGUCCAUUGAGGGGGAGGAACUGCUCUUUCAGCCUCAUGCUCCUGUUGCUGCCUCGCAUUUGGACACGGCGGGGUGCAAGAGGAAACCGGAAGUCUAUGUCUCUGUGUAUUCUCUAUGAUCUCUUGUCCUGGAUGCCGGCGAAUGUCUCUGGGAAGUGAUCUCUGCGGCAGGAGGACGCAAGACAUCAAAGGUGGUUGGAACAUGGGAGAUCCUCUGGGGAAACAAAGGGCGUAAUUGGGAAAAACCAGCCAUGAGAUGGAAGGAGAGCAAUUUGGGGGAUCAAGAGGGGCCAAGGAGGUAGGAGCCAAACCAAGUGGAUUUCCAAGGGAUUCUAGCCCAACAAGAAGUUUGCAAUGGAAAGGGAAUGAAGGCACCUUCUGCAUGCGAGAAAACACUCAGUUGUAAAUCAAGCCUUGGUGCACACUGUGGAACACACAUGGAGGAGAAGGCAAAUUCAUGCAUAGCUCAUGGGAAGAGCUUCAGUGAGAAUUCACAGCUGAUCUCACAGACAGGGGAGAAUGCUGUGAAUGGAGAAGGAUCAAAUAUGCUGGACAGAAACCAAAAGGAGACUUCAAUAGGUGGAUCGGAUGCUUCUCGGAGUGGAGAUCCCCAUUUCAUCCCAACUAUACCAGGAAAAAAGAAAAGAAAGAGAAAGAAAAAGUGCCCUGUAUGGCCAAAGAUCUUGAGUAAUAGCUCAAGUGCUAAGACACAGCCUGAAAUCCACACAUUGCACAAAUGCUUGGAGUGUGGAAAGACCUAUAGUCAGAGCUCAGACCAUUUGACCCAUCAAAUAAUUCAUGCAGGAGAGAAGCCAUAUACAUGUUCAGUUUGUGAUAAAAGCUUCAAGAACAGUUCAACCUUGAUUGCUCAUAGAAAAAUCCACAACAGAGAGAAAAGAUAUAAAUGCCAGGUGUGUGGGAAGAGUUUCAUGCACAAUUCGCACCUUAUUAUCCAUGAAAGAAUCCACACAGGAGAAAAACCAUUUAAAUGCCAGGAGUGUGGAAAAAGCUUCACUCAAAAGGUCGCCCUCACUAGCCAUAAAAAAAUCCACACAAGAGGGAAACCGUAUCAAUGUGUGUUGUGUGGAAAGAGCUUCAGCCAGAAUGCCUACCUUUCUUCCCAUCAAAGAAUCCACACAGGGGAGAAACCAUUUAAAUGCCUGGAGUGUGGAAAGAGUUUCUUUUGGAAGUCAAACUUUACUUUCCAUCAAAGAAUCCACACAGGGGUGAAACCAUUUAAAUGUAUGGAGUGUGGAAAGAGCUUUAGUCGUAGUGCUCACCUUACUACCCAUCAAAGAAUCCACACAGGAGAAAAACCAUUUAAAUGCCAGGAGUGUGGAAAAAGUUUCACGCAAAAGGGCACCCUCACUACCCACCAAAAAAUCCACACAAGGGGGAAACUGUAUCAGUGUGCGUUGUGUGGAAAGAGCUUCAGCCGGAAUGCUCACCUUUCUUCCCAUCAAAGAAUCCACACAGGGGAGAAAGCAUUUAAAUGCAUGGAGUGUGGAAAGAGUUUCUUUUGGAAGUCAAACUUUACUUCCCAUCAAAAAAUGCACACAGGGGUGAAACCUUUUAAAUGUCUGGAGUGUGGAAAGAGCUACAGUGAAAGCUCAGAGCUUAGUAAACAUCUAAGAGUGCACACAGGAGAGAAACGAUUUGAAUGCCUGGAGUGUGGAAAGAGUUUCUUUUGGAAGUCAGACCUUACUUCCCAUCAAAGAAUCCACACAGGGGUAAAACCUUUUAAGUGUCUGGAGUGUGGAAAGAGCUUUAGUCGUAGUGAUCACCUUACUACCCAUCAAAGAAUGCACACAGGGGAGAAACCAUAUAAAUGCCUGGAGUGUGGCAAGAGCUUUAGUCAAAGUUCAGGCCUUAGUACCCAUCAUAGAAUCCACACAGGGGAGAAACCACUUAAAUGCCUGGAGUGUGGAAAGCAGUUUCGUGAAAGUGGAGCCUUUACUAAACAUUUAAGAGUGCACACAGGAGAGAAACCAUAUAAAUGUCUGGAGUGUGGAAAGAGCUUCAGUCGUAGUGGACACCUUAGUACCCAUUAUAAAAUCCACACAGGGGACAAACCAUUUGAGUGCCAGGUGUGUGGAAAGAGCUUCAGUGAAAGCUCAGAGCUUACUAAACAUCUAAGAGUGCACACAGGGGAGAAACCAUAUAAAUGCCCGGAGUGUGGAAAGAGCUUCAGUCAUAACUCAGCCCUUUCUUCCCAUCAAAGAUUCCACACUGGGAAGAAACCGUAUAAGUGCCCAGAGUGUGGAAAGAGCUUCAGUCAAAGCUCAGGCCUUAGUAGCCAUCACAGAAUCCACACAGGGGAGAAACCAUAUAAAUGCCUGGAGUGUGGAAAGAGCUUCAGUCAAAGUUCAGGUCUUUCUGUCCAUCAAAGACUCCACACUGGGACGAAACCAUAUAAGUGCCUGGAGUGUGGGAAGAGCUUCAGACAAAGCUCAGGGCUUAAGAACCAUAACAGAAUCCAUGCAAGGGAGAAACCUUUUUAAUGCCUGGAAUGUGGAAAGCGCUACAGUGAGAGCUUCGAACUUAUUAAGCAUCACAGGAUCCACACAGGAGAGAAACCAUUUGAAUGCCUGGAGUGUUGAAAGAGCUUCAGUCAAGGUUCAGGCCUUAGUACCCAUCACAGAAUCCACACGGGGGAGAAACCAGUUAAAUGCCUGUAGUGUGGAAAGCAGUUCCAUGAAAAUGGAGACGUUACUAAACAUUUAAGAGUGCACAUAGGGGAGAAAUCAUAUAAAUGUCUGGAGUGUGGAAAAAGCUUCAGUUGCAAUGAAUACCUUAGUGGGCAUCAAAAAAUCCACACAGGUGAGAAACCUUUUAACUUUCUGGAAUGUGGAAAGAGCUUCAUCCUGAAGGGAAACUUUAAGACAUCAAAGAGUUCACACAGGACAGAACCCUUCCUAACACCUGGCAUUUAUGAAACAUUUCCUUUAGAGCAAACACCUCUUAUCCCAUCUAGGAUUGUAUGCACUGUAGCUAUCUCUUGUGUUUAAUUCGACAGAGCUAUCGGGGCAUAGCAAGGUUGGAGUGGGCCCAGAGAAGAGAUUUUAAAAUGCCACCCCCCCCCCCCGCAAAGUCCAGGGCCUCCACACCCCAGGCCUCCAAGGAUUUAAGUCUGAUAUUUCAAAUUAAGUAUGCUGCCUGGAAAUACAUUUCACUGAAUACAUACAUGCACACUUCACAAUAUAUAGUGAUAUACAUUGAAUACUAUAUAUUUGUGCUACUUUUAAUGCUUAACACACACUAGAAACACUAAUUAUUAAAAUGGGCCCCUUGCUCCAGAUUAGUAAAGGAGACUUUCAACCAUGCAGUGUAAGCCUAUGUAUGUUUUCUCAGAAUUCUGAACAAAUUCAGUAAAGUUUGAUUUAGUAAAGGUUUUUCACACAGGGCUUUUAAAGCCCUUUAACACACAUCUCCUCUGGAAUGGAGGUGCUGCAUUCACAUGUUGACCAGAUUUACCCUGAAGUGUGUGGAGAAUUGCAGCCUCAGGCAGCAAAUCUAAUCACAUUUAGCUGGAAGUACAUUUAAUUGAAACCUAAAGGACUUACUAGCAAGGAAAGCAUUCAACUCCAUUGCAUUCAACCGUGUCUGAGAUCCUUCCCUGGUAAGUGCAUAUAGGAUUGCACAUGCUCAGGGAUGUAAAGCAAACCAAGCUAAUUUGUGCUCCCAGCAUAUUUUGCUCACUAUAGGAGACCAGUAAGUCCCACUGAAGCAAGGAAGAUAGGUGGGGAGAAAGAGAGAAAAGAGCAAGAAUUAGCACCGUUCCUCAGGAGAAAAAGGUAAAAUUUUAAGAUAGAUGAGACACUCUCUGCAGGUGCUCAGAAGCAGGGUUGUCCCUAGUGGGGUGCGGAGCUGGGGGGCAAAUCAGCAUGUGCAGAGCUUCCUUAACAUUUCAUAUCAUUACAAAAUCAUACUGACUGAUGACAUACAGUGUAAAUAGUGUGAGUGAGGUUUUGGGAUGUCCAACUGAUGUGAACAUGGUUCGUCCCUGGGUCCGCCCCUUAGUCAAUCAAACAGACUCAGUGGGAAUCAUUUAGAGGCUUUAUUGCUACUGCAGUUUAGCAAUAGGUAAUCAAUAGGCUCACGCUCUCAAACCGAUUACAGUUUGGUUACAGGUGCAUCUUACAUUUAUACAAACAAUCUGAAUGAUGCUGACACCCUAGACACAGUAUACGUGGCAAUAAAAUGGUGGUCUAAGUA